AUGAGGCUGGUCCCUCUUCGAGAACAGAAAACUCGCGAGCAUUCAAAUGAACAAGAGUACGAGUCGCCACAACGAGAACCGGAGACUAGUGCGACUUCUAGUGAGCGAUACUACUGGUUGUAUGAGGGUCGUGGUGGUUGGUGGAGAUUCGAUCCUCGCUUGGAGAAGGAUCUUGAGAAUGGUCGUCGUUCGGGAGAGAAUGCUACUGAAUUGUUGAUUUGUGGAUUCCAGUAUGAAGUCAAUUUCGACCGAAUGGUUCAGUUCCGGAAGGAUGGGCCUACCCGAACGAGGAAUAUCAAGCGUGUUUCUGGAACGGAAUUUCGAGAAAUGUCAGAGAAAGGAAUGCUGAAGGGGAUCUCGGGGGUACGAUUGGCAGGAAACUGA